AUGAAAGCCUGUCAAAAACGGGGUUUAUUGAUGCUCAAUAACGAAUUUCAAAGUGUCAUACGUCAUCAUCAAUCAAUAUUACAUAGUUUACAAGAACAAUUAUCAGAAUUGAAUAGAGAAAAUCCACUUGUUUAUACAAAUUUAUUAGUCGAUGCUAUUGAAGAACGUCGUCAAGCAAUGAUACAAAGAUUUUUUCGUAUACAUCAAUAUAAACUGAAGUCUUUUUUCGACGAGGCCCCGGCGCUGGAACGUAUUAUACAUGAUCUAUAUUCAAAAUCAUUAUCAAGACAAUUACGUCGACGUGCUAAACGUGAAUAUAGAAGAGUAAAAUGUCUUCUACAACAACGAUCUGAUAUUAUUAUAUGUCGAAUCUAUAAAAGUCCAGGAUUCUAUAUAGCAAUAACAAAAGAACAAUAUCAGAAACUUUUACCUAAUUUAGUUAAACUAGAAUUAUCUCAUCUUCAUGCUUUACCUAAAGUACAUAAGCCUGAUAUACCAAUGCGAUCAAUCAUAGCUGGUAUCAAUUGUCCAACUGCGUUAAUAUCUAAAUUUCUAAAUAAUUUAUUAGCACCAAUCUAUUUACAAGUUGCUCGUGAAAUAACCUUUACUAAUAGUGUUCAAGUGGUACAAAAAUUAGAAAAAUAUAUAUCAAAUGGUUAUUUGAAAGUGACAACAAAAUUUAUUAUAGCCAAUGUUAAAAAUCUGUAUACUGUAAUACCACGAGAACGUAAAAGAGAAGUUUUCAUACGAUUUUUAGAAAAAUACUCUAAAUAUGGCAAAACUGCUACAUUAAGUAUAGAUCAUAUUUGGAAAAUGGCUCGUUUAAUUUUAGAAAACGAUUAUUUUGCUUACAAUAAAUAUUAUAAACAAAUUCGAGGUAGAGCUAUGGGUUCAGCAUUUAUUCGUGCAAUUCAAAACGAUUAUGCUUAUAAUUCAGCAAUAUCAUCACGUCAUACAGCCACCGGCGCAAUACCACCAAGAAAAAAACUAUUUGUGAAUCGAAAUGUACGAUUACACGAUUUAGAAAAUCGUUAUAAACAACAAACCUUAACACUGGAAGAAUAUCUUGAAAAAGUGAUGCGAUUAAUUGGUAUCAAAAAAUUUUGA